AUGCUACCAGGCUCCGACAGCAGAUGGACAGCAAGCAAAAAGCUCAUUGAAGAAGAUUGUGGAGGUUGUGAUAGCUUUGGCAAUCUUGAAGGCACAAAUGAGGGAGAGGCCGGUGAAACCGAAUGCCACGAAUGUGUUACCUUGCCUAGUGGAUCCAUGUUUGAAUUCAAGCUGCCAGACCUGGAAGCCCCCUCUGACUGUGAGGAUGGGUUUUGGGUCAGCUUCCCACUCUCUGGGGAUACCUGUGCUGUAGGUUCCACAUCUCUGGACAGAGAGACCCUCUGCAUUGUUGCAAGUUGCACUGACAGCAUCUUGUCCCCAGACACAUCAAAUGAGAAAAUAGAACACAAAUUCCAACCAGAAUCUCCAACAGAGACCUGUAUAUGGGAGCUCAAUACAGAGCAGCGCAAGCACAUGACCCUAAGAUUCUCGCAGAACGUUCGGCCCACAUCACAGUUUACGAAGAUUCGCUGCUCAACCCUAAGUGGGACGUGGAAUGGUGUCCUACCUUUGGGAACGAGUAGAUCUGUGCCUCCUCCCACCAGCAGUGAAAAAUGGAAGUGUAAAUUUUUAAACGUCAGGAGUCUGGCACCGUUGCCUUAUACUCCUGCCGAUAAAGGAUUUAGCUUGCUGGGACCGUCAGAGAUCCGGUGCAAGAAUCGCUCAUGGGAAGAACCACCUGUGUGCAUUUCCCAUCAUAAGGAUAAACUGAUGUCUGAUGCCCCAAUGGGAUCAAUAGAAAUUUCGGACAGUGUGAAUGGCAGUAGUUUGACCUCAGAGAAUGGCACAUUCCUGAUAUCUGCUCCCGACAGUGAACCACACGGAAAGAUGCCUGGAGUAAUGUUCCCUGAACAAGACCUCAAGAAUGACGAAGAAGAGAAGGAAACUGAUACCAAAGAUCUUUAUGAAGACUACGACACAGAUGUGCAUCAUGAGAUGUUGACCAACCAUUCUCUGGGGGAGGUGGAUGAAUACGAGACAGAAAUAAGUAACUUGCUACCGAUUGUAAACUCAACAGAAGCUCAAGAAGAAGAAAACCAGCUCGGCAUUUUUACAGGCUUACUUGACAUCUCUCUAGAAGAUGACUUAACCAUGUAUAUCAUCAUUGGAGCAGCAGGCCUUCUUCUCUUCAUUAUCAUUGUCAUCACAUCCAUCGUCGUGUACCGCAAAAGAUACCCUGUUCGACUUGGGUUAGGGCGCAAAUUCGACACUUUCCAGAACCCCAUAUACGAGAAAACAGUAGUGAGGAUGCCCAUGCAGGUAGAAGAAACAGAGGUAGGGAGGAAGAAGAGCGAUGCAGAAGAAAUGAGUGAUUGCACAGUGUUAGAAUGAGGUGUACUUGUAUUCCAUGUGAAAUAGCCGGAUAAGUUUGUGCUUUUAAAGUUGAACGGUAUAAUGUGAUUGAUAGUCUAGUCUGGAUGAAGCGUUUGUUUUUUAUCAUUUUAUAGUAUUUUCAAAUUGAAAGUAUUGCAGUAUUUGCUUUGGAAAGUGAAAAUACAGGUAUGGCUUAAAAAGCAUCGAGAGAAAUGAAUUUUAUUGAAGGAAAGGUGAUUCUGCUGUAUUAGCUAGUAUUAAGACAUUCCCUCUUGGCCUGCAAGAAAAAAAAAGAAAAAGAGUGCAGGAAAGUGUCUUAUGGGUCCAAUUUAAGUGAUACAUGCAAUUCUUGUCAUGU